AUGGCUCCAACGAUCGUUCGAAACGCCCGUCUCUUCACGAGCACCGACGACUGCGAGGAUCUCGUCCCGGGAUGUCUGGUCUUUCAGGACGGGGUGAUCGAAUACGUCGGUCCGGAGGAAGGGUCGUCGACGCUCGCUGAAGCGAUGGACCCCGGAAACGGGAUCGCAGAGGUCAUCGACGCCGGCGACCGCGUGGUGGCGCCGGGCUUCAUCGACGGACACGUGCACCUUCUGCACUUCGGGUUGUCGCUGGGGAAAGUGGACGUGCAGGUGUGCAAGACACUCGCGCAGAUCCGGGACAAGAUCCGGGUGUUUGCCCGCUCGCACCCUGCCGAUGCCACUCCCCGGAUCCUGUGCAAGGGCUGGAUCCAGGCCUCGACCGGUAGAGAAGCGCUGGCGAGCAUGCUGGACGACCUCGACCCCGAUGGGCGGCCCAUCUACGUCGAGGCUCUGGACCUGCAUUCCGUGUGGUGCAGCUCGGCGGCGCUGGCGGAGCUGGGCGUCAAUUCCCCAACAGUGAAGGAUCCUCCCGGGGGGACGAUCCAUCGCGACGCGCAAGGGCGGCCAUCGGGACUCCUGGACGAAGGGUGUCUGCUGUUGCUUGUGUGGCCGUUCCUGGCCAAGACACUCACAGGCGAUCACAAGCAGGCGGCCCUGCACCAGGCGGUGUCUGCUUAUGCGCAGGCGGGAUAUACAGGUGUAAUAGAUAUGGCCAUGGAAGAGGAUUUGUGGACUGCCUUGGAGACGUACCGCAACCGUGCAAAUAGUCCCCAAAACAACAACGGUGGAUUACCACUCCACGUCGCCGCGCACUGGCUCAUACCCUACAGCGACUCAGAUGAGGAAAUCCAGAGCGCACUCGACCGGGCCAUCUCGAUGCACCGAAAAUUCCACCCGUCGACAUCCCCAUCAUUCUGCGUCGUCGGGAUCAAGCUGAUCGCCGACGGUGUUGUCGACAGCUGCACUGCGGCGUUGAGCCGGCCGUACAAUACCAAACCGAAUGAUCCCGUCGAACCCAUCUGGCCAGCUGACAAAAUGGCGAGGGUGAUUCGGCAGGCCGACGCCGCCGGUCUGCAGAUUGCCGUGCACGCCAUCGGCGACAGAGCCAUCACGCAGACCAUCGACGCCUUCGCAGCCCUUGAACAGCCGAUCUCGUCGCGCCGCCACCGCAUCGAACAUCUAGAACUCGCGUCCGAGCGCGACGCAAAGAGACUAGGCGAGCUGGGGAUCACCGCGUCCGUGCAGCCCGUCCACUCCGAUCCCGCCUUGUUCAAAGCCUGGCCGUCACUAAUAGGCACGCACCGCUGUGGCCGCGCCUUUGCGUACCGCGAAUUCCUCGAAAACGGCGCCCCCGUGGCCUUUGGCACCGACGCCCCGACUGCUGCGCAUCUCCCGCUGCCGAAUCUGUACACCGCCACCACGAGACGCUCGGCGAUCGAGCCGGAAUCAGCGGAGAGAACGAAUCCGCAGUUCGCGGUGUCUCUGGCGGCAGCCGUAAAGGCCGCCACGGCGGGCGGGGCGUAUUCGCGGCACGCGGAGACGUGGAUGGGUAGUUUGAAGAAGGGGAUGAGUGCCGAUUUUAUCCUGCUCGACACGGACUGGGAUCCCGCUGGGUUGUUGGCGGCAAGGGUGCGGCAGACUUGGUUUCAAGGGCGAGAGGUCUUUGAUGCUGUACAGGACUUGAAACUGUGA